GAGGAUGUUAUGUUUGCACGAACCACGCGGGCUUUUCGUUCGAGAAAAUGUCAUUUUCUUCAGAGAAGACAUGUAUCUCUACUAGAGACAUUGAAAAAACGCGGUUUUAUUCAACAAUUGACGCGACCUGAAGAGCUCAACGCCGCGCUUUCAACUGCGUCGCGAGUGGUUUAUGCAGGAAUAGAUCCCACUGCAGGCUCCCUGCACAUCGGGCACUUGCUCCCUCUCAUGUGUUUGCUUCAUUUCCGGCUUCGGGGACAUACGGUUAUCCCGCUGAUCGGUGGUGCUACUGGACUCGUAGGAGAUCCUUCAGGACGGAAAACAGAACGCGAACCAGUAAAUGUCAAGCAGGUCGAACGCAAUGUCGCUUCUCUAUCUCAAAACGUCAAGCAAUUCCUAGGGAGAGCAUUCAACUAUGCACGAACACGACUACCGUCCGGAACUUGGGUUAAUUCAAACUUUGAUCUGGAAGUCAAGAGCAAUCUUGUAUGGCAUAAAGACUACCACAUGCUCGAUUUUUUACGGACUGUUGGCAUUCACGCUCGAGUGAAUACAAUGCUCAACAGGGAGAGUGUCCGCUCUCGUUUGGACUCGAAUACAGGUUUAUCGUUCACCGAAUUCACGUACCAGUUACUGCAAGCAUACGAUUUCUACUACCUACACGAGAACUUUCAGUGUACAAUCCAAAUCGGAGGAUCUGAUCAGUGGGGUAACAUUAUAGCUGGGCUUGAGCUGAUUAGCCGCAUCAAACAAGACUCCGAGACCGAAGUUUUUGGUAUCACAACGCCUCUUUUAACGACUGCGUCGGGUGCAAAAUUUGGGAAGAGCGCAGGGAACGCGAUUUGGCUGGACUCGGACUUGACGAGCAUAUUUGAUUUCUAUCAGUAUUUUCUCAAGGUUGAAGACUCGGAAGUAGAGAAGUACCUCAAGCUGUUCACUAUGCUGCCUCUGGCAGAGAUCACACAUAUUAUGGAUGUGCAUCAGAGAAUACCUGAGGGAAGAACGGCACAGCGACGGUUAGCUGACGAGGUUACUGAACUCGUGCAUGAAGAGCAUGGUUUGCAAAAAGCGCAACGGCUUACAGAAACAAUGUUCAGGUCUGCAGAAGCUCGUGGUAAACAGUUGGAUGUACAAUCCCUUCUUGAAGCAUUCGAGGAUGACCCGCGCUUGAAAUCGUGUCCGUUAGACGAGCUUUUAGGUGUCUCCGUGAUGAAGUUGUCCUCGAAGUAUGGGCUCCUUCCCUCUACUUCUGCAGCUCGGCAGCUCAUUCAAUCCAGAGGUCUCUACGUCAAUGACAAGGUUGUUCCCGAAAUUCAUUUCACUCUCGGAGUUGACGACCUUCUCGAUGGACGGGUGGCGGUUAUUAGAGCGGGUAAAGAUAAAGUCCUCAUACUAGUCGCCCAAUCAUGAGCAGAAGUGACCGAGGUGUUGUUAAAGCCUUACAAUCGAAAAAGUACAAUGUAU